AUGUCUGAAAGCAUAAUUGAUACUACGCCAACUAAUUACUCGCAAAAUAAUCAAGGAAAUGAUGAACUUAUACAAUCAGAUAGUCCUAAAUCUUCUAUAAUAUUACGCGAUUCUUCAGGUUCAUUGUUAGGUGUAAUUUAUGGUAUUGGUAUGAAUGUAAAUAAUGUGUUAGGUUCGGGGAUAGUUACUACACCAGGAAUUAUUUGGAACUCGGUAAAAUCUCCAGUGAUUGUAUUGAUUUUAUGGUUUAUUGGUGGACUUGUUAGUAUGGCAGGAUCGUUAACUUACGUUGAACUUGGAGCUAUGCAUAAAAUAAGUGGUGGAGAGACGAAAUAUUUACAAACUGCUUAUCCAGAGCCGAAACUUAUGAUGAGCUAUCUUUUCAGUUUUAUGUUUAUUUUUGCAAUUCGUCCAGGAAUUAUAAGUGCUGUUUUACAAUCUGCUGCGCAGUAUUUUUGGUAUACAAUUGCGGGAUAUCAAUAUGAUAAAGAACUCGAGCUACACAAAAUUGGAUGGAACCUUAAAUUUUCUCCAUUUUGGUCUAUAAAAUUUAUUGCAAUUGCAAUUUUGUUAAUUAUAACUAUUUAUCACAUGCUAAGUAAUAGAUGGGCGAUUCUUAUCAAUCAAACCUUGGCGACUAUCAAGUUGAUUACAUAUUCAAUUAUAGCAAUAACAGGAAUUUGUCGAUUGUUUUUAAAUUGGGAGAAUAGUCGUGGUAAUUGGCAAGAACCAUUAGAUGGAGAUGCAGGAAUCAAUGCAUACUCUCAGUCGAUUUUGUUGAUUAUGUUUAGUUAUGAUGGCUGGAAUAACUUGAAUUAUUCAUUAGAUGAAUUUAGAAAUCCGGAAAAGAAAUUGAUUUUAAGUAAUAGUAUCAGUGUUGGAAUCGUCUCUUUUAUGUACCUUCUCGUGAAUAUAGCAUUUAUCUCUGUUGUACCAAAAGGAGAUGUGUUGGAUAAUAAAACGACAAAUGAAACUAUAGCAGUAUCAUUCUUUAAUCAAUUGUUUAGAAGCGAUGCAAUUGUUAGAAUGUUCACUUUUCUUAUUGUACUCUCUGUAAUUGGUACUGCUGCGGCUAAUGUAUGGAGUGGAUCGAGAGUUAUUGUUGCAGCAGCAAGAUUAAAGUUUUUUCCGAUAUAUUCGGAUCAAUUAAAGAACUGGCAUGAAAAUUCUAAUACACCUGUUAAUGCGCUAUUAGCACAAUUUAUUUGGUGUUCACUAAUCAUAUUAUUUGUCGGUAGUAGUUUUACUAUCACUAGUUUUGAAUUAUUUUCAAAGUUUGCAAUAUAUAAUUUUUGGGUUUUUUAUUUGGCUACUGGAAUAGGUUUAUUUGUUAUACGAUAUAAAAAGCCCGAAAAUAAUCGUCCUUUUAAGGUUUGGUUACCCAUAACAGGAAUAUUUAUAUUGGCAGGAAUAUUUAUUUUAAUAUCUCCAUUAGUAGUUGAAUGUCCAGAUAAAGGAAAUGAAUGUAUACAACAAAAAAGAAGUCCUUUUUACAUGAGUUACGGAUUUCUUUUCAUUGCUUUAAUGUUUUGGUAUUUCUUGUAUUUCUGGUGGGAUACCAAGAAAACGCAGAAAAAGCAACAAACUAAAGUUACUAAUACUAAUACGACCCCAUUUUAUACACCUAAUACUCCUAAAAACGAGUAA